AUGAAUUUAUAUAGAGGACAUACUAAAGACGUAACCAAAACUAAAAAACGCCGGUCAAGAAGCAAUUCCGUCAAAUCCAAUUCACAAACACAAAGCGAUACCGCAUUAAAAAAUAACGAAAGUACAUCAAUGAUUAAACAAGUUCGUAAAAAUAGUCGAUUAUUAAAUGAUAGAAUAGAAGAAGAAGAACUUGGAGCACCAAUCAAUAUUUAUCAAGAACAUAGAGGUCAUUUAGAACAAGACAAAAAAGCACGUACAGAAUUAGAUAUUCAAAUACUUAAGGACGAUCUAUAUGAUCCAGUGUUGGAAACACCACAUCAUUCAAAUAAAAAACACAACUUAUUAAGAAAUACAACCAUUGGAAAUUUAGUUUCUUUCCUACCAUCGAAAUUUUUUGGUAGUUAUGGAAUUAUUACAGAAAGUGGACGAUCUGAUGUAUGGAGUUAUUAUCCUAACGAAAUGUUCACAUCAGGAGUAACGAUGGAUGGGGUUAAAGGAGUAUGUUGUUCAUAA